CAAAGCUUUAUUGUUGGGUUGAUUUCGGGGCUCUGCAUUGUUCUAUGGAUCGAAGAUCGAGUGAACUUCGGAGCUGUUUUGGUUCCCUAACGUAUCGAGGCCGGAGAAAGUCGUCUCCAUUGCAAAGCCAACAGCCAUCUGGGAACAGUGUCGUCAAGUGCUGCAAGACUCUGAGAGACAUUUGGCAAGCAGGAGUGGGAGAGAUGCAGCCUGAACAAUCGUACAAGGGCCGACACGAGAAUGGUUCGAAAGACAGCCAGGAGGAGAGUUUCACUCUCUGCGAGCCCUCAACGUAAGAGCUACG